AUCCUUCCUUAUAAAAACCUCCCAUAAAAUUAUCUUCAUUUUAAUUUAUUAAAUCCCUUCGUACGGAUUUUUAUCUUUCUCUCUCUAUAGAUUCCUUCAAAACCUCACCCCCACUCACUCCAAAAAAACAAACAACCCCUUAUUUUCCCACUUCCUCUCUCCAUCCAUCAAUCUAUCACAUUCUCUCUCCUCCUCCUCCUCCUCCUCCUCAGCGACGACUUUUUUCGGCGAUCGAGUGAAGAACAUGGCGAAGGAGGAUGCCACGGCGGGGACUGAUGGUGGGUUUAUGUUGUUCGGUGUUCGUGUGGUGACUGAAUCCAUGAGGAAGAGUGUUUCUCUUAAUAAUCUCUCUCAGUAUGAACAUCGCCUAGACUCUUCUUCCUCUAACGACGUUGUUCCUGCUGUUACUGCUGGUUACGCUUCCGCCGAUGAUGCUGUCGUCGCGAAUCGUUCUUCCACCACCGCUGCUGGUGUUAGCCGCGAGCGCAAGCGAGGGGUUCCAUGGACGGAGGAUGAACACAAACUGUUUCUGCAAGGGUUACAGAAGGUAGGCAAAGGAGAUUGGCGAGGAAUCUCUAGAAACUUCGUCAAAACACGAACGCCAACGCAAGUUGCGAGUCACGCUCAGAAGUAUUUCCUUCGACGAAGCAAUCUGAACCGUCGUCGUCGUAGAUCUAGCCUCUUCGACAUCACCACUGAUACGGUUACUAAUCAAUCAAAUGAUCAACAAGUCGUGAUCAACAAGGAAAACAACAACGGAGGCUCUCAAUCUCCACAACAACAAUCAUCGAAUUCAGAGAUCUCGAAUUUGAGAUUUUCAUCAACUGCAGCUCCGAUCUAUCCAUUAACGACAUCAUUCGGUCAUCUACCUCCUCAAGUAGUAGUUGAUCAUGAGAUGAAGGCAGUUGAGGGACCAGUUUCAGCGAGCAGCAGCAGCAAAUCAAUGGUGGAUUUCGAUCUAAACCAGAAUGACUCAUCAUCUUUAUCCCUGUCACUUUCUCUCUCCAUGACUGCAUCGGAUCUCGCAAAUUCGAGGUAUCCAGCGUUUCAGCUUAUGCAAGGGUUCAACAAUGGUGAUAGUAUCAUCAGAGUGGCUUAAAACGGAAGAUGCUUAUUGGAUUUGAUCAUAAUCAAUCAAUUAAUCAAAAUAAUAUCUGAAAAAUUAAGAGGAUGAAAUAUUUUUCAGCUUGAGAAAAACAAAUUGAGUAUUAAUUAGUAGGUUUUUGGAAUUUGGAUGGAUAAGUGUAUUACUAUGAUAAGUAAUUAAUUAUGAUUUAAGCUAAUUAAGGGGAUGUAGUUCUAAUUCUGAUAUCGAAACUCUUUAACUUUUUUUUAAAAAAAAUUCGCCAUAUUUUUGUUAUUUUGUUGUCGUUGGUGGUUUUAUGUACAGACUGUAAGGGUGUGAUGUUGCUUGGCUUGUUUGAUAAUCUUUUGUUUUGUUUGCUGGCAAAUGGCAAAUUAGCAAUGGAUGGAUCUCUUUCAAAGGAUAAAUUAUUAAAUACAGUAAUUAAUUGGA